CCUGGAUCACGAAAUAUGCGUUGAAAGCCAACUUCAAGAAUGCCGGUUCUUUCCUUCGGUGCUCAAGCUUUCACGCAUUCGAAAGCAUACAAACCUUCUCAACGACAGCUACAGGAGCUACUGUUCUUUCUUACUGCCAGAUAAGCCGAAGUGUUCUUCUGAUACGCUGUCUGAGAUGUACAAUCAAUGCCUGGGAUUCAUCAGUUAUGGAGUCGUUCCAAACUUGGGCUCCGACACUACCGAAUUAGACUUGCCUGCAGUUCAGAGGUACCUCGACAGCUACAAAGGCUGCAUCCAGGAAGUAACCAAGCUGGCCUGUGGCAGCGCCGAGAUAUCGCAAGAAUUGCAGGUGUCCCUGGCGAAGCCUGUACAGAUUGUCAAAAAGUAUUCUCGUUUCAUCAGUACGAACAACUGUUCUGAAAGCAGUCUCAGCUCCGCAUUGCGUGAAUGUGACGGGAUUUGGGACCUUGACGUGGAGCCUCUGCUGAAAUACACUGAAAACAGUGACCUUAUUCAAGCCUGCAGUUCAAUCGAGAUAUUCGGAAACUGUGUGAAACAGAAGGUCAUUCCUUUAUGUGAGAAAAUGGAGGUCGCGUCUAGCCACCAAAGUGUUCAUGCGUACCUUUCAAAUGCUCUUGAUGUGUACAAGACGAUAUGCUCGAAAGACUUGAACGCAGUGAACGAGGCCAUGUGCAGCAAAACAGAACUCGUGUCAGCAUUCAGCCAGUGUGGAGGCAUAAUAGAGUACAGAGUUGUUCCUUUCGCUGAUGACCCGUAUGAUAAAGUGAAGCUCGGCGUCGCCUGCAGUGGAGUUCGGGAAUACAAAAGGUGCAUAUUUUCACGGCUUUCUCCUGUGUGUGAAGACAAGAUUGUUCCCAUGAGUAGUGACGUCACAAAAUACUUGAGAAAUUACUACAAUAUGUACGACUGGACGUGCAAUGUGACCGAGCCUCAAAGCCGCUGUGACAAAGAAGAACUGAAGAAAAGCUUGGCGAAAUGUGUGGGGCUCUUAAACAAGGAGUUUGACGUCUCCAUCAUGGGGCUCAACACUGAGUACCUUUGCACUUUUCUGGAAGACUACAAGCUGUGCCUUAGCAUGCGAACCAGUCCCGAAUGUCGCAGAGACGACGCCGUGAUGCAGUCUCCGGAUAUCUUCUUUUACACCACCGAAAUAAUAUCCAAAUUUAUGGGACUAUGCAAUAUGAUUGACGUCAAAGAAUGCAGCAGAAGCACAAUUCUGGAAAGUGUUUAUAAAUGCAAGGGACUCAUCGACUACGUGAUGAUUGACAGCAUUCAAGACAGCGGAGACACUGAUGCUAUGAAGCAAGCAUGCGGCGGGCUCUUCAACUACCGUCACUGCGUGCAUUCUGAGAUCUUCAAGGUUUGUGACGCGUCUAGCCCUGUCCUCCAGGACAGAACUGUUCAACAAUAUGCCGUAGGCGUGCCGAGGAACUUAUCUUGGGUCUGCGACCUGAACACAAGACCAGAGGACUGCACCGUGAAGAACAUACUGCCUUCUAUCUCGGAAUGCCAAGGCUUCAUCGAAGGCAUCGGAGAUCCUCACAACCUCCGCAAGUCUGAUUCAUUCGCCCUGAGCGUAGCUUGCAGCUUUGUUCAGCAGUAUAGGGAGUGCAUCGACCUGAACAUUCGCUCUGUUUGCAAAGAGCCAAAAGUUUUAUCCGAAAUAUCGGAAAUCAGCUUCUACACUCAAGACUUGUACCACAAGUACCUGUGGACGUGCGAGCGAAAAACAAGUCGUACACUUUGCAACGUCGACGACCUCAGCGUUCACCUGAAGCAGUGCGAGGUGUUCCUGAUACCUGGGGUCAUUCCCUAUGUCGACAACACGUUCGAGACGCUCAAGUACAGCUACGUUUGCGAGAGCUUCGCUGUGUAUUCGAAGUGCAUACAGAAGGUUAAGUCAGCGAUCUGCGGAAACAAAGACGUCACUGCGUCACCCGAAAUUAAAAUGCUGCUGUACAAUAAGGUUAACGAGUACAAAUGGUACUGCAGCUCCAAGAAAAUCGGCAAUGGUGACUGCAAUGAACAACACCUUGAAGAUGAGUUGAAGCACUGCUUGGGCUUCGUGAAAACUGUCGUGAGACCUAAAGUACUGGGAACAUACAAUGCUUCUGACAUGCAAAUGGCGUGUUCUGCACUUCAGGACUACAAGUAUUGCGUGGUGUCGAAAAUAAGCAAACAUUGCGGUUACGACACCACGGUCGUGCAAAGGCCAGCAGUGAGAAAGUACCUGUUCGACUUGUACGACAAGCACAAGUGGAUAUGCCAAGAGAACGUCGUUUCUGAUUGCUCUGCGAGGCACGUUAUGGCUCACGCAAAAAGUUGCGAAUUGCAUUUAAAUUUCACAUCACUGUCUCCGCUCGCCGCGAGGGAUCCCGGCAGCAGUACAGUGGUUUGCAGGGGUCUACAUCAGUACCAUUCCUGUUUUGAAAGAACCUACCAGACACUUUGUGGCCGGACAAAAUCCGUGCAUCUCUGGAAUACCAUAAACGCUAUGGCCUCAAAGCGUGCAAAGCAUGCGCAGGAAGCCUGCUUGAAACACAAAGACCCUAUAAGUUUAGAUUCGUGCAAUGCAAAGGUGCUCGCAGAAAGAUCGCGAAGGUGUCAAGGCAUCAUUGACACCAACUUAAUUCCAAACAUCCGUAAAAAGAACAACAGCCCUAAGAUCAACGAGGCAUGCAGUGCAUACAAGCAGUUUCAGCAGUGUCUCCACCAAAACCUUGGCCACUGCAACAUCUCCAUUGCUCCCAACAAAGAAAUCCUCGACAACUACAAGUGGGUCUGUUCUGAGGCACCCAACCAUAGUACGACAGCUUCGUGCAAUGAAACCGAACUUCUGAGCGAGAUGCAAGGCUGCCUCGGCAUCAUGUACUUUAUUGUGAUCCCUAAUGCCGCGCAAAAACACAACAAGCAAGCAGUUGCAAAAGCCUGCGAGGGUCUCAAGCAUUACCAGAACUGUGUCCUUGGCAAAACGACGCGCAUAUGCGCAUCCAAAGUGCUCGUAAGAUCAACUAGGGUGAGACGGCUGACGCGCCAUAUCACGAAAAAGUUCAGCUGGACGUGCUCGCUGAGCGGUCAAGAUCAGAACUGCAAAACGCACAGUAUUGUGGACCACCUGAAAACUUGCCUCGGGUUUAUUGACUUGGCCGUCGUGCCGAACAUAUUUUAUACCGAGGACAAGGCGAAAAUGCAAGUCGCUUGUAGUGGCCUUGAGGACUACCAAGACUGUGUGGACAGUAAGAUUUACGAAAUGUGUCCACCGCUGAACAAAUACCUCAAACGAAAAGAUGUCAAACUUUUCACGGAGUUCCUUCCAAGCAAGUACAGCUGGGUCUGUCACACAAGCUACUCGCAUCAGUGCACUCUUCGAAACCUCAUGGAGAACCUCAAGAUUUGCCGUGGACUUGUAACAAGUGUGUUGUUCGCCAAAAUGGAUAGCGGGAAGCUCGUUGGCAACAGCCGUCCAAUGGCGUGCAGUGCCUUGCAGUCGUUCGAGCUCUGUGUCACGGUGCAAAUGGGAAGGAUAUGCAGUCCCGACGACCUCGUUUUGCACCAUCAUGACGUAAGGGCGGCCACGACCGAAAUACUUGACGCAUACGGCUGGGUUUGCAAUGACACAAGUUCCGUGGACUCCACAUUCGUGGACACUGCCCUUGUAUUCCGGAAGAGUGGCUGCGAGGACGACCUGUUGAGGGACAGGCUCAUGCAUUGCCGAGAACUGUUCAACAAAACAUUACCAGCUGAUGUUGCCUCCGAAAAAUUUCAUGCCGGAGAUAUCGAACUGACCUGCAAGGCCGUGAUGUCUUACGAACAGUGUACACGUGCUGCUCAGCUUGAGCUCUGUUCUAGGACGGGAGAGAAUGCCAUUAUUUCGGAAUAUUCUAGAGACCUUUACAAAGAGUACAACUGGACGUGUAAUCUGGCUUCAGAUGCGCUAUGCGACGAGUCAUUCCUGCUGAAGUCUAUACCAACCUGUCUUGCCGUCCUCAAGAAUGAAGUGAUUGAACACGUUGGCGGCAUAUCAAACGUGAAUAAACAGAAAAUGGCAUGCGAGGGAUACAAGCGGUACCAAGGCUGCGUGAAGUACAUAGUUGACUCUAGCUGUCAAAACAUCGAUAUCGACAACACGGCAAGCCACGUAGGAAUCAUGGCAUUCCUGACAAGGAAGCUUUCUUCGAGCUUUCAGUGGACCUGCAAUGGGUUUCAUUGCAGCAGUCCUGCGGUAACAACAAGCAUUCGAGAAUGUGUGCGCAGCCUAGAAGAGCUUUCGAAUUCCUUCAUGAGAAACGACAGAGUUGAACCAUGCGCGAAGGUGACGGCGUAUCGAGAGUGCAUCCUCAAGAAACUGGACCUACCCUGUAGACUGAAUCAUCACCUUUUGCAGUCCAAGGAACUGGAACAUUACACGGACGUUUUGUACAACGCUUUUGACGGAUUCUGCAGCGGCGUUGUGCCAGAGUGCAACAAAGAAGAAAUGUUGCAGUCCCUGUACAAAUGCGAAGAAAUUAUUCUCAAGCAAGUUCAACCGCACACGACAGACAGAGGCAACGCCUAUGAAAGCCGAUUGGCGUGCAGGGGCCUUCACGAGUAUAAGUGGUGUGUAUCGAACGUCAAAACCAUGUUUCACUGCAAGAGCGACGACGAAUUCGACACUGAAGGAGACGUUGACAAAUUAGUACUUGCCAUCGAGGACAAGUUCAACUGGACAUGCGAGCAAGACGCAAAAACAUGCAGUGCUCCAAAAUUCAAGUCCUACCUGAAACCAUGCUUCUCUAUUCUGGCAACGGAAGUACUUCCGAACAUCUUAGACUACGACAAUGCAAGCGGUAUGGACAUAGCUUGUCGGGGGGUGCACCAUUACCAAGUAUGCGUGAGCAAGAAGCUAUACAGCGUUUGCAAACAAGACAAGCCCAUAUACUCAAAUGAGAUGCUGUACUUUAGAGACAAAGUAACCGGGCUGUUAUCCUGGACAUGCAGCUGGACAUCCCCUAGGGGACGUUGCGAUGUCCACGGCAUGCUUCAGAAGAUGGCGCUUUGCGCAUCUCAACUCGAACAAGCAGGCGUUCCCACCAGUCCAGCUAACAACAGCGUCAGUGAAAAAAUGGCGGGCUGCAGAGCUUUAACGACCUACAAGACGUGUCUGUCUGGAACAAUCCCUGAAAUGUGCAGCAAAGAGACGAGCCUAAUGGAAAGCAAGGCCGUUCACCACUUCACAGUCGACAUUCCCAACCAAUACGCGCGUUACUGCGAUUACAAAGAUGGCAACGUAGAAAUCGCCAGACAGCUUUCCCGAUGCGACGAGGAGUCUUUGAGAAUGCGGUACAUUGAGUGCAGUCAAAUUAUUUCCACAGAAGUGAUACCGUACACUGAUGAACCAAGCGAUUCACCAUUGCUCAACGAUGCAUGCAAGGCGAUGAGGAAGUACCAGAACUGUAUCGCAAAAAUUCCUACGCAAGACUGUUCGAACGGCCUGAAGAUCCCAUUUUCGGAAGAAUCCCGCUACUAUGUGUCAGUGCUCAAGAAAAAGUAUGAGUGGGUUUGCAAUGGAAAUGGUGAUUACAUGUGCAACCCCGAAAUAUUGCUUCUCUAUCUGUCCAAGUGUGAAGCAACGUUUAUGAAAUCGAAUGUUAAUGACUACGUCGACGUUGACAUACUCGGCGGCACGGACUGCAGGGACGUCCAAAACUACCAGUGGUGCUUGAGAAAUUCGAUAUUUGAGUCAGACUGCGAGUAUUACCAAAACAUACUGACAUCACCCGAAGUGCUCUACUUCUCGGACAAACUUCUCAGACCGUACGUCCGGAGCUGCCAAGUGAACCUAGAUUGCCAGAUUGGUACAUUGUACAGUCAGUUAUCAGAAUGCUCACCAAUUAUAAAAGUUAAGGUCUUGCCUUUCGUACAGCGAGGCUGGGUGCAGAACCCCAUCACUGCUUGCGGAGGCACCAGGGAAUACCAGAAGUGCUUCAGGCAUGCUAUGCAAAAGACAACCUGUGACAGAAAUACUGCGCUGUUUAAACUUGCAGAGGUGCAGUACUACAGGAAUUAUCUCUUCAACGCUUACAAUUGGACCUGCUUCGAACAUGCGGCUCCAGUUGGCUCGUGCGAGAAAAAUCUAGUGCUGCGAGAUCUGCAGAAGUGCGAAGGAUCUAUCUUCCAGAACACGACUUCUAGGAAGCCACUUUCUUGCAGCUCUCUCUCCAUGGCCAACUUUUUGAACUGCGUGGAUAAAACCAACGUGAAGCUGGCCUGUAAUGCGGACCCGGAGAAAGUAUCAAACAUUGCGAAUCACGCACGGGAAAUUCUGCUCGACUACCGCGCAGCCUGUGGCUUUGACCAUACUGUGAGCUCCCUCGGGCACAAAUUCCUCUUGACCGAGUACGAGAAGUGUCAACUCAUGUUGAAAAAGUCUGAUCGCUUGCUCAAGUCGGCUCAGAUUCGUGAAACGAAAGUACUUGAUGCAUGCCGGUCCCUGCAGCUGUUUUCUUUGUGCACCGAGGCUGCCAUUAUACUCGGCAAGAACGUUGACAGCCCACACGCAAUCGAAGUUCGCAACUCGUCGGAAGCGUUGGCUAGCAGCUAUGAGCUGAAAUGCGCUCCGAACGAGUGCAACAGAAACCAAAUUGUGGACGACUUGCUACGUUGCUUUCAUUCAAGCCCAGUUUUCUCAAACUGCAGUGUCACACUGAAAAGCAACGUCACCACACUGGCCGAGCCGUGCCUGACGGAGGUGUUCAAGGGUCAUGCCUGCAGCAGAAAAGUUGACGUGGUCUACGUCGCACGAGAGCUGUUCAUGACCAAAGUAGAAGCGCACAAACGUGACUGCAACAUGCUUAGAUCUCAGUACCGUCAGUGCAGCCAAGGAGAGUUUGCAAACUUCCUGCAGAAAUGCUACGAAACCUUUUUGAGGGAAGUUACCGGAAAGUCGAUAGCCACGCCAAAGUUCUGCAGAACGUACCACAAGUACGGAAGCUGCGUUGACGAAGCGAGUGCUGAGACAUCCUGCUUCAAUGUGACCACAAUGCAAGCCCCGUACGAAGUCAGCCUGCGCAAUUUCACCUCGAAGUACGGGGAAGUUUGCACGCAGUACAUUCGCAGCACGGAAAACAACGGCUCGUCGCCUUUCGGGCACCGCAAGGAGAGCCGAAACAAGCACGCCUCUUCGGAUGGCGAGCCUUUCAUGUCUGGCAAGUCGCCGUGGACUGUGGUCUUGUUCAGCCUCGCCGCCAUAGUCAUGGCCCCUUUUCUGCUGUCCCCAUUCACAUUCCGAAACUUCACGUGAAACAUGUUUAGUGUGUGUUCGUCUGUGUACAGUAAAACGUGUGUACAGGUUCAUACUUCGUUCGGUUUGCGUAGAAAAUGUUUGCGCGUGCAGUGCUAGGAGCUGUGGCUGCUCCUGGCAGGAGACCACCCUCUGUCUUCCUUCGCUGAGUUAGCUUAAAGCGCAAAACCAGAAGAGAAAAUAAUAAUAACCGCGCGUUCAGCUCAAGGGGCACUAGCGUCAGUAGCGAAAUAGAAACGCGCCUAACGUCUCAGCGUGCGAGCUUGCUCCACUUGUCGGUGCAUGCGUCCGUG